ACAGCCUCACCGAGCCCUCCGCUCCGCUCCCCACAGCCCUCGGGGAGGCGCCCCGCCAGCCCGCCCGGCCCCACAGCCCGGCGCCCCGUCCCAGCCCAGUGAGGGGCCGCGGCGGCCGGGCCGGGCUGGGCAGGGCGAGGAAGGUACAAACUCUCGCUAUGCUGCCCAGCGCCCUUUACUGGGACCUGGUGGGCUCCUCGGCUCUCCUCAACCUGCCGGCGGCGCCGGGCUUCGGCAACCUGGGCAAAAGUUUCCUCAUCGAGAACUUGCUGCGGGCCGGGGCUCCGAGCCCUGCCCAGCUCCGUCCCCUCCCCGCCAACCCCGUGCCCCUCAAGCUGUGCCCCGCGGCGGAACAAAUCAACCCCUCAGGGGCUCCCUUCCCGGCAAGAUGGGCUUUCCAAGUGCUUAACCCCUCGGCGGCGGACGGCGGCCGCCCGCCAGCGCGGGCCGCGGCGGCGGAGAGAGGCGGCAUCUUCCCGCCGGCAGCCACAGCUCUUUCCAAACACUUCUUUCUCCGAGCCCCGCCAUUCUACUCAGCAUGCUGUGGUGGGUCCUGUCAGCACCCUGCAUCCCCCACUGCUUUUCCAAGGGAGGAAAGUGUGCUGCCUCUUCUGACCCAGGAGUCUAACUCCAAAUCCCGGAGAGGCAUAUUAAGAAGAGCUGUCUUUUCUGAAGACCAGAGGAAAGCUUUGGAGAAAAUGUUCCAGAAGCAGAAGUAUAUUAGUAAAACAGACAGGAAGAAACUGGCCCUUACCCUGGGUCUAAAGGAGUCUCAGGUGAAAAUCUGGUUUCAGAAUCGAAGGAUGAAAUGGCGAAACUCCAAAGAAAAAGAAGUGCUUUCCAACAGGUGCCUCCAAGAAGAAGGUCUUCAGGAGAACUACCUCUCACGAUCCACCAUGAAUUUUACCUCCCCAUGCCCAUCUGUGUGGGAAAUGUCUGAAGAGCGGGCAAGUCCGAGGUGGAGGGAGAAUUCUCCAGGAAAUUCUGAAAGACUGAAUACUAUACAACCACCUCCAAGAGCAAAUUCGUUGCAGAGCCCAAUCUAUUUGUUUCCUGACCAAGACACUGCAAACAAGGCAUCAUCAAGUGUAAGGGAGUAGGGGCAGCUUGUAAAUGGAGUGGGAGAGUGCAGGCUUCAAAUGAGCAGUCUUUUAAGAUUAACAAUAUUUGAACAUUGUAAAGCUAACUAGUUUAUGCUUCAAAAAUAUGCUAAAGUCUAACACCAUUAAAAUUACAAACAAC